AUGGCGCCUGCGAUCUUCAAGAACAUGGUGCUGGCAACAGCAGGGCCUCUGCCCGGCCAAUUCACAGAGGAUAAUCUAGCUACGUGGAUCAAGCAACGCAAGGGUCAGUUCGUAAAGGACAUGAAUCAAUCUGUCACUCAUCUACUUUGCACAGAUGAGCAAUACAAGGCACGAAAGAAGAUCAAGAGAAUUAAGGAGGCCCAGCAAAAGGGUAGUCGCAUCCGCGUUGUGCAUUACGACUGGUUCGAAUUCUCGUGCAACCGUAACAAGAAGCUUCCGGAGAAGGAGUACUACUUCGACAACCUCCUCGCAGAGGAGAGAGCUAAGCGCAGAAAGCAGCUCGCCAGAUCAAAGUCUCAGAGGAACCUGGCGAUUGGCGAGCACUGGAUCAAUCCAGACAAUUUUGGCACGUGCGAGGAGAAAUACGUUCUCUAUCUCUUCCAAUCUUUUGCCAAACCCACUCUCUACUGGUUUGGUGUCAAGUACUACAAGAAGGACGACGGAAAGAGGUGGAUGUUGAAGGCCAUCAACCGACCGUCGCCCUGUUCCCGCCCCUUUUACACCGAAUUCGACAAGUUUAAAGACUUCUUCAGGCUCAAGACCGGUAUUGCCUGGCACGAGCGUAUCACCAAGGCAGGCACGACCGAAAGUACCUAUUUCCAGUACACACCACCCACGGGAGGCAAACCCGUUGGCAAAGGAUUGACCAGAGGAAGAACACACGAAGAUUGCCUUGAGUUGAAUCAUCAACUACGACGAAUGCACAACGAUUUAUUUGGUGACACGCAAACAAGCAGCGACAAGAACCCGUCAAUGAUUGAGGGCCCAAAGACUCAAGAUCCUGCUCAAGGGUGUGAGCAGAAUAGCCACUACAGCACUAGCGACGUGACGGAUGUGGGAACCAUGAAUCAAGACACCGCCGAACAGGAGUUGCUUGAGCUGCUCAAAGACAAAGGCAUCGAAGAAGCCCUGGAUCGAACUCUUUAUUCUGUGGCUCAACACCAUCAGAGCACAUACAGCGGUUACCAUAAUGAAGCCCGUUCGCCAGACAAGACGAAGCUUGAGAUACCUCAACCCGGAGAUGCUCCUCUAUUCAAACUCGAUCAACUCUUGGCUGACAAAAACUUAGCCACUCAUAGCUCCUUCAAUAUGGUUGAGAGUUUCAGGAGCCUCAGUGUGCCCACUUUCGACGAGGCUGUUGCCGGGACGGACGCUGCCCAGGCACAAUUGAUCCAAGAGUCUAUCGACCAGGCCGCCAAAGAUGCCAACGGUGAAGAAGGCCAACAACAGGCUGCCUCUGACAAGAGCAAAGCAAUUGAUGUGCUGCUCAAGGCUGCCAAUGCUAGCCAAGGGGUUCGGGAUAUCUUGAGCAAGACCGAGUUUGCUCGUAUCAUCGGCGAACUUGAUGACUUUCCCAUCGAACAGGCCAAGGCUCGUGACUUCUCUCAGGACCAGGAGCCGGUGAAAAGCCGCACGAUCGUUGAGCCAGACUAUCUCGAGAUUCCUAGCGAUGACGUUGAGGAGAACCCUCUGAGCCGAGUGAAGUUGCAGCCCUGCGACAGAGCCAGAAUCAGAGAAGCUUUCGAGCACAUGACCUGGUCGCAGAAGCGCAAGAGAGACACCGGCAAGGACAUGGCUGCCUUUCGCACUCCUGAGAGUGCUGGCACCUUCAUGGGCGCAGGCGAGGUCAGGGUGGUCACCAAGCGGGUCAAGAAGGCCGCGAAACACAAGUCUGAGGCUCGCCAUAUCACGAAGGCGAUGCGAGAAACCGCAGGUGCUGAGAUUACGCAGGAGGGCACCUUACGGCCUCUGAGUGAAGAACAAGUCGCCCAUAUCUUCAGCCAGCCCAUCCCACAGCCUGGAGGCAAAAUCCCCAGCAGCAGGACUAUCAGCAUGGAAUUGAGCCUGGAUGACGUGUCAGGUAUGGUUGAUGAGAUGUUUGGCGUCAGCAAGUUCGACGACGGUAGCGAUCUCAUGACUGAAAUGCACGGCGAACGCCCUUGGCCUGCUGGUCAUAACCCUGCCAGCCCCGAGGAUGACCCUGCCCACACGAACGAACCCGUCGAGGACUUCGACACUCGAGCCCCGAGCUUCAAGGAUAUGUCCGCCAAAACUGCGGCUCAUGGCAGCAGCGGUAUCGAAAUGCACUGCUUCGUGGACCAAGAGACCGGCGAACACCGCAGUGGUAUCAGCAUGGUUCUUUCGAAUAAUGAGUCUUCGGCAGAUGACGACUACGUGCUCUCCCAAGGACUGAACACUGCCAUGCAGACAGACGUAUCUCCUGCCGACGAAGCCAGCAACUUAAUUCAGUAUCGACAGAGCGCGCCCCGGACUGAAGCGUGCUUUGCACCAUUCGCUGAAGAGGAGUUGAUGUUUCAAUCAUCAGAUCUGCACCCCAAUGUCUCGGCACACUUCAAGCCGAAGACGAACUGA